GUCAGCGAACGCACAUGUCAAUAUUCGCCCCACGCACGUGAACUCCAGCUAAGAGUAAAGUUAUGUCCAAAGCUAAACAGAAACGGGCCAAACGGCUUGGCUUCCUUGGAAAAUUGAAGACCAAAGAUGGACGAACGGGAGAUUCUUCUGGGAAUACAGAGCAGUCAACUCUCCGGAGUGUGAAAGACUCCAGAAAACCAGAGGAAGUCAGAAAGCAAAGACUUCAGGAUCUCCAGGAAAAGCAGAAACUGUCCAGAGAGCGUGAGAUGAUGAAGAGGAGGAACCUGCAAAGCUUCCAGAAUGACAUCCUGCAGAGACAGAGAGCAUUUGACCUGAAGGAGACAGACAUGCAAAACUUGGAGAAACAUGUCAACUUUGAAAAUGAGAAUUCAAGGAAGGCAUAUUACAGGGAAUUUAAAAAGGUGGUGGAGGCCUCAGAUGUGAUUUUGGAAGUUUUGGAUGCGCGUGACCCUCUGGGCUGCAGGUGCCCUCAGGUGGAACAGGCAGUCAUCCAGAGUGGAACUAACAAGAAGAUAGUUUUAGUCCUUAAUAAGAUUGAUUUGGUGACGAAGGAGAUUGUGGAAAAGUGGAUUAAGUACCUUCGCAAUGAGUUUCCCACAGUGGCCUUCAAAGCGUCAACUCAGCAACAGUCGAAGAACUUGAAACGCAGCAACGUGCCGGUUACACAAGCCACCUCGGAGCUGCUUAGCAGCAGCGCGUGUAUUGGAGCAGACUGCUUGAUGAAGCUGCUUGGGAACUACUGCCGCAACCUGGACAUAAAGACGGCCAUCACUGUUGGGGUUGUAGGUUUUCCCAACGUGGGCAAGAGUAGUUUGAUUAACAGUCUGAAACGGGCACGGGCGUGCAACGUUGGAGGCACACCGGGUGUCACAAAAUGUCUUCAGGAAGUGCAUUUGGACAAACAUAUCAAGCUUCUUGACUGUCCCGGCAUCGUCAUGGCGACGUCAACCACAGACGCGGCGAUGAUUCUUCGCAACUGCGUGAAAAUUGAACAGCUGCUGGACCCCCUCCCGCCCGUUGAAGCCAUCCUCCGACGCUGCAACAAGGCCCAGAUCAUGGAGCACUACAGCGUUCCAGACUUUCAGACCGCUCAGGAGUUCUUGGCGCUGCUCGCACGACGGCAAGGGAAACUAAGGAAGGGAGGGCUGCCCGACUCUGACAAAGCAGCUAAAAGUGUACUUAUGGACUGGACGGGAGGAAGAAUCAGCUACUUCACACACCCUCCGGAGACCCACACCCUGCCUACACACGUCAGUGCUGAGAUUGUUACAGAGAUGGGUAAAGCCUUUGACUGGGAGGAGAUGGAAAAAGGAAACCAAGAGGUUCUUGCAGAGUCUUCCUGUCAUGACAUCCAAAUGGGAUUCUGCAUGGAAACUGCUGGUAUGACACAAGGUAGUCAUGAAGAGCCACAUGGUGGAUUAGAAAUGGGAGAGUCUGUGGAAGAGCCAGCAUUUAAAGAGGAAACCGUGUCUAUGGAGGAUGAUCAGGAUCCAGAGUUUGGACCAAUGACGGUAGAAAUAAGAUCACAAAAGAGGACUGACUCACCAGCAAAUGACGCAGCUCCCAGAGCUCCGAAUUUGAAGGAUAUUGUGAACGUCGAUCCUCUGCAGCAAGGCCAGGCGCUCGUGGCUGCCAGUAAAAAAAGGAAAAAGCAACAGAAAAGAGCUGACAAAAUUGCCACCAAACUGUCAGACACGCUCACCUCUGCCAUGGACUUUUAAUUUUCAGAUGACUGAAAUCAAGAUUUCAAAUAAUUUAAAGAAAUUCAAAUAAAAACUCAAAACAA